AUGUCUAAAACGGAUAAGGACAUAGAAAAUGAUCCGGAAUCGAGUAAAAAACUAUUGGAUAAACAAAAAUCCAUCGAUGCCGAGGAAGUGCGACGUGUCUACGAAGAAAUGCCUUUGACAAAGGAUACCACUUGUGGUGUGGGAUUUUUAAAAGGAGCAUUUAUGCAAAAAUUUGCUAAUAAAACAGCUUACGUUAUAAUUUAUGGCAUGGUCGGUUGUGUUUUCGCCAUGGCAAGUGCCUAUUUUAAUGCCACAAUCUCAACACUUGAGAAACGUUUUAAAAUACCCUCUCGUAAUACCGGUAUGAUUAUGAUUGGCAAUGAUUUGAGCCAGGUGCUGUGUUCGGCAUUUUUGGGUUAUUAUGCGGGUAAAAAACAUCGACCACGUUGGAUGGCUUUUGGCCUAUUGACACUAGUUGUAUACUGUUUGAUUACGGUAUCACCACAUUUUAUUUACGGCCCUGGAGAAGAUGCUCUAAGUUUAACAAAAGAAUAUGGAGCCGUUUCAGAUGUUGAUAUCUCUAUGAAAGAAUUAGAGGAACAAAGGCAAAAAAUUCUGUGUCGUGAUGAUGGAACCGGUGUAGAAUGUGAAGUGCGUGAAGGCAGUCUGCUGCCUCAGUUGUUAUUGUUUACAGCACAAUUUAUUGCCGGCGUUGGAGGUUCACUCUAUUACACCUUGGGUGUAUCUUAUAUGGACGAUAAUACCGAAAAGGCCAAGGCACCAGCCAUGUUGAGUAUCUCGUAUUUCUUUGGCCUAUUGGGUCCAUCAAUGGGUUAUACCUUGGCUUCCAUUUGUUUGCGUAUUUACAUUGCCCCAUAUUUAACACCAAUUAUCAAUAAUCGUGAUUCCCGCUGGUUGGGUGCCUGGUGGAUGGGUUGGCUUAUUAUGGCUGUGUUAAUAUUCCUUUGUGGUCUCUUUAUGUCUCUCUUCCCCAAAGAGUUACCAAUGACUGCAGCCCGUAGACGAGUCCUGGAGCUAAGAGCCAAAGAGGAAAAUAUGGGCAAAUCUGUGGGGCGUAUUGAAAACAAAGCCUCAUUCUCCGAUAUGAUUCGCACAUUUAAAAUGUUUUUCAAAAACAAGAUUAUUUUAUUCAAUUCAUCGUCGAAUGUUUUCUAUUUCUUUGGUUAUGUUCCCUAUUGGAUAUUUACGGCCAAAUAUAUUGAAAUUCAAUAUCGCCAAUCAGCGGCUACUUCAAGUAUUAUCACCGGUACUGUUGCCUUGGCAUUUUCGGCCAUAGCCAUACUCUUAUCGGGCUUUGUCAUAUCAAAAUAUAAGCCAAGAGCUCGUUAUUUAGCCGCUUGGAAUAUACUGGUCGAUAUCGUUACUAUGUCUGGCAUGAUUGCUUAUGCUUUUAUUGGCUGCAAUGGCAAUGACAUAUCAUCGAUUAGCAAUUCUUAUGAUAGCAGUGUUUUGAACACAGUCAUGAGCUGCAACAGUGUUUGUCACUGUGAUUAUGUGCGUUAUAUGCCUGUGUGUGGUGAAGAUAUGCAAACAUAUAUUUCCCCAUGUCAUGCUGGCUGUAAGAGCGAACACAUGGACUCGAAUGGAAUUAAGACCUACUACGAUUGUACCUGUAUUCCAACUGUAUCGAAUGAGACACUGAAUACAAAUCCACUUUUUGCAAGACUAACAACUGAUGAGAUUAACAAUUCAAAUUUGAAUAUAACAAAUGUGAGUAUUAGAAAAUAAUUAAAACAUAUGUCCACUAAUUUAUUACUAAAUAAUUAUUUACUUUUUAUUAUUUAGCUUUCUUUGGGUUCUGGUGGUCAGGCAAUGUCAGGAGCAUGUCCCGUCAAAUGUUCUCAGCAAUUUAUAACAUUUUUGGCGGUUAUGUGUGUCAUAAAAUUCUUUGCUGCCACUGGACGAGCAUCGAAUCUAUUAAUUACAAUGCGUUCUGUUUCGCCGGAAGAUAAAUCGGCCCUAAUGGGUUUUGGUAUGAUGUUUAUAUCGUUGGUAUGCUUUGUACCGGCACCAAUAUUUUACGGUUGGAUAUUCGAUAGAAAUUGUUUGGUAUGGGGUAAAACAUGUACAAACAAAGGCAAUUGUUGGUUGUACGAUGCGGCGGGAUUAAGAUUAACAUUGAAUCUGGUUGCAGCCUUCUUUGUUGGCAUUAGUACCUUCUGUAAUGCUGGUGUAUGGUAUCAUGUAAAACAUUUGAAAGUUUUUGACGACGAAGAAGAAAAGCCAAAAGAAUUGAAAACUAUUUCUAAGACUAACGAAGAAACUGUUACUCAUAAUGAGUAG